UCUAACCGGCAUGCUGUGAAAUAUGAGAGCUGACAAUCCCCAUGUAAUGUAGAUCAGCAAGUUUCACAUUAAGGAAAUGAACUCAGGAUCAGAAGGAUCCGCGUUUAUCAGGAAGUGAAACAGUUUUGCCGUUUCUGAGAGGUGUCAUGGCGCAACAAGGACUUCAGUCUGACCAGGAAAGACCCUGUUCCAUGUGUUUUGAUCUACUAAAGGAACCGGUGGUUAGUCCCUGUGGGCACAGCUACUGCAUGAACUGUAUUAAAAGCCACUGCGAUGAAGAGAAUCAGAAGGAAACCCACAGCUGUCCUCAGUGCAGACAGGUCUUCAUGCCGAGGCCUGUCCUGGAGGAAAACACAGAUUUAGUGGAGCAGCCAAAGACGGAACGCCAAGCUGCUCCAGGACCUGUAGUAAAGACAGCAGCUGUGUCAGAUAAAGUACAGGGAAGUCUUCAUGAGGAUCACACCAAGAUGUCACCAACAGACACUGAAGUGGACUCAGAAGAAGAGCCCAAGACCAGGGCUGAAUUCCUAAAAUACUCGUGUGAAAUAACCCUGGAUCCAAACACAGCAAACGCACGUCUGAUGCUAUCUGAGGGGAACCGAAAAGCAACAAACAUGGAAGAAGAUCUGGUUCGCCCCAGUCACCCGAACAGAUUCGUGGACGGGUCUCUGGUCCUCAGUAAAGAGAGUCUGACUGGACGCCAUUACUGGGAGGUGGAGAGGAGCGGGGGAGCUGUUUCUGUCGCCGUCGCGUACAACGAUGUCAGCAGAAGAGGAACUGAAAGCACGUUUGGAUGCAACUACAAGUCUUGGGCUUUAGAUUUUUUCGACAGUCGUUAUGUAGUCAGACAUAUGUACAUCCAAGCUGCCAAGCCCCACCCGAUGUCCUCCAGAGUGGGAGUGUACCUGGAUCACAGGGCAGGUAUUCUGUCCUUCUACAGCGUCUCUGAAACCAUGUCUCUCCUGCACAGAGUCCAGACCACGUUCACUCAGCCGCUCUACGCUGGGCUUUGGGUUCAUGGUCAUAAUUCUGCCGCUGUGAUGUGCUAGCCUCAUGCUGACUGUGUGAAUUGAACAUGGAGAUGAUGUUUGUUACAAUAACUUGAGAUCUAGCCAACGGUCAGUUUUUACUUAUCAUAUUCAGUUAAUGUUUUUUGCUGCCUAAAAGUUCUCCAUUUGAUUUUGUGAGUUUUAAAUGCAUUGACAGCUAUUUUUCUUGAGGUGCCAAGACUUGAAUACUGCACUAUUUUCUCCUGGAAAACCAAUGUACUGUUCUCACAACUGCCACUAAAUAUAGCUAGUUAGCUCCUGUUAACUGCUAACAAUGGCAGAUUAAAUCCAUAUCUAUAAAUAAACAUGUACACAGCCAUAAACUUAACUCUUCAGUGGUGGAAUGUAACUAAGUACUGUACCUAAGUACAAUUUUGAGGUACUUUACUUGAGUAUUUCCAUUUGAUGCUACGCCACUACAGGCAUUUUAAACUCAUAAAUUAUGUUUUUAUAGAAAGCUACCCAGCAAUAAAGUAAUGAAGAUUAUUGCCACCUUUACCAGCUGCAACAUUAAAGUAAUGCACACAUUAAUGCAUCACUAAUUAUAAUCCAGUAAUAAUAAUAUUAAUAUAUAUUAUUAAGUAAAUUACUUAGUUAUUACUUAAGUAAAGAAUCUGGGUAGCUUACUUCUUCCAUUAACAACUUUAUUUAUUAGCUGAUUAUUAUUAGCUCACCCUAGCAUGCUAACUAGCUAGGCAAUUGGUUGUGAGCUUGCAUUAAAGAAGAGCCAUGUUAGCAUUUGUAGCUAGCAUCUCUUGGCUAGAAGAACCAGAGAAAAGUAUUUUGUGAUCUUCGCAGUUCGAGUUGUGUCUUUCUCUGCUGCCGCCAUCGUAACUCUGUAUUCUGGCUUUUCACUCUGCUGCUACGUAGUUAGCUCACAGCCCAGCCUAGCUAGUUAGCUGGGUAGUUAGCAUGUGUGCAUUUUAUGUUUAAAUGCUCAUGCUAAAGAAAGAUGAUUAACAUAUACAUUUUGGGAAAUGCUUAUUCACUGACUGGUGGAGGGUUAUAUGAGGAGAUCGAUAUGUUAAAUAUAUCCAGCAGCUGCUUCGCUUAGUUUAGCACAAAGACUGGGAAACAAAGCACUUUUUUUUGUUGACAAAAAUGAAUAAAAACAACAUACUUGUUA